AUGAGUACUCAAAUUUCUGUUGGAGUCGAUUUGAAAUCGAUAAUAAAUUUUUUAAAAUCAUUUGCUCCAAUAAAUUUAUCAGAAUCAUGGGAUAAUACUGGGUUAUUAGUCGAACCAUCGACAGUCACACCUGUUAAAUGUGUUUUAUUAACUAACGAUUUAACUGAAGAUGUUUUAAAAGAAGCAUUAGAAUUUAAAACUGGGUUAAUAAUAUCGUAUCAUCCACCGAUUUUCAAACCUCUUACAAAAAUUACAACCUCUUCGUGGAAAGAGAGAAUAAUCGGAACAUGUUUGGAAAAUAAAAUUGCCAUUUAUUCCCCGCAUACGAGUUGGGAUUCGAUAUCAGGUGGAGUCAAUGAUUGGUUGGCAAAAGGAUUCGAUGUCGAAACGAUAAAUCCAAUCACCCCGACUAACUUAUCAGAUAAUCCAAAUGCGGGAAUCGGAAGGUUUUGCAUUUUAAAAAAAGAAAUCACAAUAUUGGAAGCAGUAGACAUUGUUAAAAAAUUAACAUCAUUGCAAUUUAUAAACUUAGCUUUGGCAAGGAGUGCUUCAUUAGAGACUAAAAUAAAAAAAAUAGGCAUAUGCGCUGGUUCUGGUAGUUCAGUCUUACAAAAUAUACAAGCAGACUUAUUUCUCACUGGAGAAAUGUCUCAUCACAGUUUAUUAGAAGCCAUACACAAUAAUACAAGCGUUAUUUUAUGCAAUCACAGUAAUUCCGAAAGAGGAUUUUUAAAAGAAUUUUCUAAAAUAUUAGAAGGUAAUUUUAAUAAAUAUGAUUUAAAAGUAUUGGUAUCGAAAACGGAUAGAGAUCCAAUUCAAACAAUUUAA